AUGGAUUGGAUCAGAGGUCACACCAUAGGCCACGGGUCCUCCGCCACCGUGUCCACCGCCACCGCCCGAUUCUCCGGCGAGAUCCUCGCCGUUAAAUCCGCCGACCUCUCGCGGGCCGGGCCCUUACAGAGGGAGCACGAAAUCCUCUCCACUCUAAACCACCCUAACAUAAUCGGCUACGUCGGAUGCCACGUCAGCAUCGAGAAUCGCAGGCCCGUUUUCAACCUCGUGAUGGAGUACGCGCCCGGAGGCGCGCUGGCCGACGCCGUUCGCCGGGGCCCACUCGACGAGCCCACCAUCGGCCGAUACACGCGUGGCAUCGUAAACGGGCUCGAAUACCUGCACUCGAGAGGCAUAGUCCAUUGUGAUAUUAAAGGGAGCAACGUAUUAUUGAGCCGGGACGAGCCUAAAAUCGCCGACUUUGGCUGCGCCAAGUUGGCGCAUGAUGACGUGGCGGCGAUCGGCGGCACGCCGCUGUACAUGUCGCCGGAAGCCGCCAGGGGGGAGCGGCAGAGUUUUCCGGCCGACAUAUGGGCGCUCGGGUGCACGAUUGUGGAGAUGGCCACCGGGCGGCCGCCGUGGCCCAAUAACGCGUCGACACUUGGUAGGAUCGCGUUUUCCGGUGAGACGCCUGAGGUGCCGGAGUUCUUGUCCGACUUGGCUAGGGAUUUUUUGGGCAGGUGCUUGAGAGUUGACCCGGACGAGAGGUGGACGGCUGGACAGCUGGCAGAACAUCCUUUCGUGAGCGGGUUUCGGUUCGGGCAGGUUAAGGAGGUGAGGACGGGCAAGACGUGUUCGCCGACUAGUGUUCUCGAUAGGGGGAUUUGGGGUUCGGUUGAGGAAGGUCUUUCGGAUUUCGGGGAUUUUCCGAAUGGGGUUGUGCAGAGGAUUAGAGAGCUGUGUGUGGAUUCUGGGUGGGAGGAUUGGGAGGGAGAGGAGGGAUGGAUAACAGUUAGAGGCAGUAAAAAUGUGAAGAUUAGUAGAGUUAACUGUGGAGGUGAAUUUACAAUUUAG